GGGGGGGAGGGUGCUAAAAUGGACCACUAUAUGUCGGACGGGAAGGAUUCUGUGAAGUGAAAAUAGAAAGGUAGGGCUUCCGUUGCCCACCCGACUAUCUAGCUGGCCCACAAAAACACCGCCCACCAAAAUAUAAUAUCUCCCUCCCUCUUCUUUCUUACAGGUCGCCGCUGGCUAUUUUCUCUCUUUGCCCCCUCUCUCUCUGCUCUCUCAAUCCAAUAAGGCGGCAAAAGGCAAUUCAAUGUUGCCCCCACUCUCUUCAUUGCCGCUUGUGCCCUCUCCAGGUGAUAAAGCUUAGAUUUUUUUUACCUGAGGGAGGUUUUGUUGGCAAUGGAAGAGACAGGGCAGCUCAAGCGAGCCUUCAUUGAUGCUACGGCGGGUUUAAUCGCGGGUGGUAUAUCGCGAACAGUUACGUCACCGCUCGACGUUAUUAAGAUUAGAUUCCAGGUUCAACUGGAGCCCACCACUUCAUGGGCUUUGCUUCAUAAAAAUUUGUCUCAACCGUCAAAAUAUACUGGGAUGUUGCAGGCAACAAGGGAUAUUUUCAGAGAGGAAGGCUUACCGGGCUUUUGGCGUGGCAAUGUCCCAGCUCUACUUAUGGUUAUGCCGUAUACGGCUAUACAAUUUGCUGUGUUACACCAAUUGAAAACAUUUGCUGCUGGUUCCUCCAAGACAGAGGAUCACAUAUAUUUGAGUCCUUAUUUGUCUUACAUCAGUGGAGCAUUAGCAGGUUGUGCAGCCACUGUCGGAUCAUAUCCAUUUGAUCUUCUAAGAACCUUAUUAGCUUCACAGGGCGAACCUAAGGUGUAUCCAACUAUGAGGACUGCAUUGGUGGAAAUAGUUAAAACUCGUGGAUUUCGAGGAUUGUAUGCUGGAUUGUCGCCAACACUGGUUGAGAUUAUUCCUUAUGCAGGCUUGCAAUUUGGUACAUAUGACACGUUUAAGCGCUGGACCAUGACAUGGAACCUGUAUGGAUCCUCCAAUAUAAACUUACACAGUAGAGAAGAUGGUCUCUCAAGCUUUCAGCUUUUCCUCUGUGGUCUAGCAGCUGGGACAUGUGCCAAACUUGUCUGUCAUCCGCUUGAUGUGGUCAAGAAAAGAUUCCAGAUUGAAGGACUACAGAGGCACCCAAGAUACGGGGCUCGGGUAGAGCAUCGUGCUUACCGAAACAUGUUUGAUGCCUUGCGAAGAAUAUUGCAGAGGGAGGGCUGGGCUGGUCUUUAUAAGGGAAUAGUUCCAUCGACGGUGAAGGCCGCUCCUGCUGGCGCUGUAACAUUUGUGGCUUAUGAAUAUACAUCAGACUGGUUAGAGGCUGCAUUGACUUGAUCGAACUGUUCACUUGUAGUUUCAGAUAUUAUUUUUGGAUUAUGCGAUUCUUUUGUCCUUCGAGACCUUACAAAGCCCUCCUCAAAGGAAAGGAAGUGGGCACAUUAUUUUUGUCACGACCAUAAGAUUGUAAUUAGACAGCAAAAUGUUUGAAGAUGAAAGUUGAGAUUUGGAGCACCAAGAUUUUUGCAUCA